CUCGCACCGAUUUCGAACCAGCGAAAAGGCGACGCGAGGGGAUAUCGACCGAGACUGCAGGAAUCCUCCUCGGCUACGCCUGCUGCGUUGCUAUGCUACCCGUCUGCUCUUCUUAAUCCCCCGCCUUCUUUGACCCGCGCACGCCACGCAGCACCCACCCAUCCCAACCAAAACGAAGUCCCCCUUCCUCCCGAGGAACGCCGUCUCGGGCUUGGGCUCCCUUAAAACCCCACACCAACACGCCGAUCUCUCCCUCCCCUCCUCUUCAUUCUCGUCUCCUCUCGCCGGAACAGACGGACGGGCGACCGGAUCAAGGCGCGCAACCGCACGGCGGCGGCUUCUGCAUUCUCUGGGUAGGUAGGGAGGGGAGGCGCCGCCGCGAUGGCGCUGGGCGACGGCGGCGGGUGGGGCGGCGCGGCCGGGGUGGUGGUGUACGGGGCGAUGACGAUGGUGGUGCUGCGGCUGGUGCUGUCGUACAAGUCGGCGGCGCACGCGGCGCGGCGGGUGUGGCGGUGGGCGGACGAGUGGGCGCAGGCGUACCAGUACUACGAGGUGCCGCGGCUCGGUGGCGACGGCGCGGAGAACCCGCUGUUCAGGAAGGCGGUGGCGUACGUGGCGUCGCUGCCGUCGCUGGAGGACGCGGACGCCGCCUGCGUGCUGUCGUCGGCGGCCAAGAGCAACGACUUCUCGCUGCAGCUGGGGCCGGGCCACACCGCGCGCGACGCGUUCCUCGGCGCGCGCCUCGCGUGGACCAACGCCGGCGCCGACCGCCUGGUCCUGCGCGUGCGCCGCCACGACCGGACCCGCGUGCUGCGACCAUACCUGCAGCACCUCGAGUCCGUCGCCGACGAGAUGGAGAUGCGCCGGCGGGAGCUGAGGCUGUACGCCAACACCGGCGCCGGAGAUGGCGCGCAGCGGUGGGCAUCGGCGCCAUUCACCCACCCGGCAACGAUCGACACGGUGGCGAUGGACCCGGAGCUCAAAGCCCGCGUCCGCGCCGACCUGGAGAGCUUCCUCAAGGGCCACGCGUACUACCACCGCCUCGGCCGGGUGUGGCGCCGGAGCUACCUGCUCUACGGUCCUCCCGGCACCGGCAAGUCCACCUUCGCCGCGGCGAUGGCGAGGUUCUUGGGGUAUGACAUCUACGACAUCGACCUGUCCCGCGGCGGCUGCGACGACCUCCGCGCGCUGCUGCUGGACACCACCCCGCGGUCGCUCAUCCUCGUGGAGGACCUCGACCGGUACCUGCGCGGCGGUGACGGGGAGACAGCGGCGGUGAGGACGGCCAGUAUGCUCAGCUUCAUGGACGGGCUGUCCUCGUGCUGCGGCGAGGAGCGCGUGAUGGUGUUCACCAUGAGCGGCGGCAAGGACGGCGUGGACCCGGCCGUGCUGCGGCCGGGGCGGCUGGACGUGCACAUCCACUUCACCAUGUGCGAUUUCGAGGGGUUCAAGGCGCUGGCCAGCAACUACCUGGGGCUCAAGGACCACAAGCUGUACCCGCAGGUGGAGGAAGGCUUCCACGCAGGCGCGCGCCUCAGCCCCGCGGAGCUCGGGGAGAUAAUGCUCGCCAACCGCGGGUCCCCGAGCCGAGCGCUCCGCACCGUCAUCAGCGCGCUGCAGCACGUUGCGCGGCCGCCCAGGCUGACCUCGAGAUGGUCCGGGCAUCUGAACGACGCCAGCGCGGCGGCGUCGGAGGCCAGCGCGGCGAGCCAGUCGCCACGGGGUGGGGCUGGGUUCGCCAAGGACGCGCCGAUCAGGGAGUUCAAGAAGCUCUACGGGCUGAUCAAGUAUAGGAGCCGCAAGGACAUCGGCGUCGUGCCGGUGGACGACGCAGCGUCGCCGAACGGGCGGGGCAGCGAAGACGCCAGCUCCGAGAAGGACCGGUGAUUAUUUAAUUAAAGGAUGCAUUUUGGCCUUUUUUUUCCACUUCUGAUCAAGAUUUUUAUUUUUCUGUUCAUCUUUUAAUUUUAGAUGCAUUUUUCUGUUCAUCUGAAACUUGGGGCUUGUACAUUGUAAUCUGGUAGUAGGAGAUUUCUUCUCAUCUGAAA